GGUACAGUAUAAAAACGAGACUAGAGAUUUGGCGAUAGUUUUCUUGUUGGGUCAUUUUUUUCUAAAGGUUAAAGAAUAAUUAUACCCUAUUGUCUAAGCAGGUUUUUAGUUAAUAUAUCAAAAUCUAUUAUUCCAAUAUGAAAUACCAGCAGGUUGGGAUUAAUAAUAUUUUGAAACGGUUUCCUUAUUAAUUUAGUAUUACCUUUACACUCAUAAAACUUGUUACUGCCAAAACAGAAAUGACUUGAAUCAAGUAGCUACACCCUGAAUGUAACUUGUUUCAGUGUGUUAAUGACGUUAAGCAACAUGAUUGUAAAUUGUAAGAUCAUGAACAGUUAAGAUUUUCCUCCCGUUCGUGUGAUUGGCUGAAAGUUUUGUUACUGGCUAUAAAAGCAGCAUCAAAGUUGUAUUUCCAGCACAGACAAUUUACUUUCUACAAACGCGUAACUGGUGGAAUAUAUACCGCAAAUAUUUAUGUGAAGAACAUCUGGAAUCCCCACCUGACUUGAUUAAUAUUUCUUGCCAAGUCGUUUUUCUUCCAUUGGCUUUUGAACGCUUCUCGAAGCUCCUCGGAUAUUUUACACGGCUGCAUUGUUGUCUUUGCCAUGUCCUGUCUACAGUUAACAGGGUUUAUGAUCAGCUGUUUCGGCUGGAUUGGAAUUAUAGUUGCCACUGCCACAAAUGAAUGGGUUCUGACCUGCAAGUACGGGGUUUCUACCUGUAAGAAAAUGGACGAACUGGGAGCCAGAGGUCUGUGGGCAGAUUGUGUAAUUUCCACAGCGCUUUACCACUGCAAAUCACUCAAUCAAAUCCUCACAUUGCCUGCCUACAUCCAGACGUCUCGAGCCCUGAUGAUCACAGCCUCUAUCCUGGGGCUGCCUGCCAUCCUCCUCGUGAUGAUGUCUCUACCGUGUAUCAAUCUGGGCAACGAACCACAAUCAAUCAAACACAAGCGUUCUGUACUGGGAGGAGUACUUGUUCUACUGGUAGCAUUCGGUGGAAUAAUAUCCACUGUCUGGUUCCCGAUUGGGGUGCACCGUGAUUCUGGAUUGAUGACGUUCGGGUACUCGCUGUACACAGGCUGGGUUGGCUCAGCGCUCUGCCUGUUUGGAGGCUCUAUGAUCAGCUGCUGCUCUGGAGACUCUCCACAGUACGAUGAAGACCGCUACUACUAUGCCAAACAAGGCGAGGACACCACAGCCUCUACAAACCAUGCCAAGAGCGCACAGGUGUGAGGGAGAAUUGAAUUACAAAGACUGUGCCCCUGGGGCCAUAUUCCAAAGACUCACCACACUAAACAAUAAAGACCGUACUGUGUACUGUGUACUGUUUGUAAAGCAUGAUAUGUUUUUUUUUUUUUUUUUUUUUACAAACUCUUUAUGUUUGCGGGUGGGGGUGGGGGGUGUCUAAGGAGAUGUCUGUCUUUCUGUAUUUAAAUACACAUGUAUGUCACACUCAUCGGGAAUGCAUGUCAUUGAGGGGGGCAUCUUUCCAUGAUUUUGAGUUCUAUUAUGUAUGUUACUAACACACUAGUUUUGUUUAUGUUCUAUAACAAACCAUUAUUAUCUUGAGAGCACCUAGUAGCAUGGUAUAUAAUGGCCUUAAAUUAAUAUAAAGCCAAGACCUAUUGGUUUGUAUGUAUUUUCAUGAAAGCCCAAUGAACCACAAUGGUACUUUAAAGAACACCCAGCAAGUGAAUGUUUUUUUUAUUUUAUUUUUACUAACAGCAUGAGCAAAAUAGCCAAAUGACUAUAGAACACACUUUAUGUACUGUAUAUGGUCAUUUAAACAAAAUGGACUGUUGAUACCUUUAGAAAUUGUAUCUGAAUUCUGUUUAUUCAAGCUGUGAACUAGAGCACCCCCUAACAUUUCCCACCAGUAUUGCAUGUAAUAGGUAUGAACUCCACCUGAUUGUAUACACUGUACUGCUGAAGCCUUUCCACAUCCUGGGAGACUAGAUAAAAAGGGCUGUAAAGAUGUUUCUUCCUAAUUAAUUGGCUGUAACCCCUUAAUUAGGUCAUUUUGUAUCUGCUUAACAAGAGAAUAAAAGUCUACAUGUUUUUUAAA